UGCAAAUCUGCCGUGCAGCCACCAGGGCCAGCCAAGGGGCUGAUGUGACACUUCCACCUGCAGCACCACAUUGGCGGACAGCGCCGGGUUGCGGCUCCAGCUCCGCGGGCUGAGAGAUCCCGUCCUCCGAGGCGGCAUCCCCCGGGCUGGGCUCUCGCUUUUGGCUGGAGAGGACGCCUUGCAAGCGGCGCAUCUUCUGCAACUUCUUCAACUCCCCGACGCUCGCCAGGGUCUGCAAUGGAAGGCAAAGAACCCCAGCUGAAAGGAAUUGUGACAAGGUUAUUCAGCCAGCAGGAAUACUUCCUGCAGAUGCACCCAGAUGGUACGAUUGAUGGGACCAAGGACGAAAACAGCGACUACACCCUCUUCAAUCUAAUUCCUGUGGGCCUUCGUGUGGUGGCGAUCCAGGGGGUGAAGGCAGGUCUCUACGUCGCCAUGAAUGGCGAGGGAUAUCUCUACAGCUCAGAGAUUUUCACACCAGAGUGCAAAUUUAAGGAAUCGGUCUUUGAAAACUACUACGUUAUUUAUUCUUCCACACUGUAUCGGCAGCAGGAGUCUGGACGAGCGUGGUUCCUGGGGCUCAAUAAAGAAGGUCAAAUUAUGAAGGGGAACCGGGUGAAAAAAACCAAAGCCUCGUCCCAUUUUGUACCCAAACCCAUUGAAGUGUGCAUGUACAGAGAGCCAUCGCUGCAUGAAAUUGGAGAAAAACAAGGACGCUCAAGAAAAAGUUCAGGGACACCAACCAUGAACGGAGGCAAAGUUGUUAACCAGGACUCGACAUAACUGACAAACACCCCCCUCCCUCUCUUCCAAUUCUUCCCUUCCCACUCACCUCCCCACCCUGCCGGCGAAACCACACCGAGACGACAAGAAACUGAGCAAGGCAGGACCUCCCGGUAGCGGCUAGGAUUCUGAACUCAAAAAUCUUUCUUCGUGUAGGAUGAGGAAAUCGACUCCCAAAUCUUGCCUGUUGCAACGUUUCAAAAAAAA